CCCAAACUCUCCCUCUCCCUCCCGCAGCCCCAAAUUGGAGGCAGCAGAGCCUGGGAGCAGCCUCCACGGCGGCAGCGGCCGCCACAGCCCCAGCCCCAGCCCCAGGCCCAGCCCCGCCCCCGCCCCGCGCCCGGCCGGAGACGCCCGGAUCGGCGGAGCCUGGCGCGAGCCCUCGCCCCCUCGCCGCGCCCGCCGCGCCCGCCGCGCCUCCGCCUGCCCGCCCCCGCCGGCCGAGGCUGGGCUGCGGGAGGCGGCCGGGCGGCCCCGAGCUUCGCUAGGGCGACCAAAACAAAGGCAGCAUCCGGGGCUGGGUGGAUGCAAACAACCAUGAAAGACUGGGUUCUCGCUCUCUCCGGCUCUGCUGCUGCUGCCGCCGCCGCCGCCGCCGCUGCUCCUCCUCCUCCUGCCGCCGCCGCGAGGGCUCCGCUGUGAGGGGGAAGCAGGGGCGCAGCUGCUGGGCGUGCAUCCGAAAGGUGAGAGCCAGAGAGCGAGCGGAGGGGGCGGGCAGGCCACGAAAAUGUCCUCGGCCGUGGGGCCCCGCGGUCCUCGCCCACCCACAGUGCCUCCCCCCAUGCAAGAGCUGCCCGACCUGAGCCACCUGACCGAAGAGGAGAGGAACAUUAUCAUGGCAGUGAUGGACCGGCAGAAGGAAGAGGAGGAAAAAGAAGAAGCCAUGCUCAAGUGUGUUGUCAGGGAUAUGGCGAAGCCUGCUGCCUGCAAAACACCAAGAAAUGCUGAAAACCAGCCCCACCAACCUUCACCGAGAUUGCAUCAACAGUUUGAAAGCUAUAAGGAACAAGUGAGAAAAAUAGGGGAAGAAGCGCGGCGUUACCAGGGCGAGCACAAAGACGAUGCUCCGACUUGUGGAAUCUGUCAUAAAACAAAGUUUGCUGAUGGGUGCGGUCAUCUCUGCUCCUAUUGUCGCACUAAGUUCUGUGCGCGCUGCGGAGGCCGCGUGUCUCUACGGUCAAACAACGAGGACAAAGUGGUUAUGUGGGUAUGCAAUUUAUGUCGAAAGCAACAAGAAAUCUUAACCAAAUCUGGAGCAUGGUUCUUUGGAAGUGGCCCUCAGCAGACAAGUCAGGAUGGAACCCUGAGUGAUACAGCUACAGGUGCUGGCUCUGAGGUACCAAGAGAAAAGAAAGCACGACUCCAAGAGCGAUCGCGGUCUCAGACACCCCUGAGCACAGCAGCUGCCUCCUCCCAGGACGCUGCUCCUCCCAGCGCACCGCCAGACAGGAGCAAAGGGGCUGAGCCCUUGCAGCAAGCCUUGGGGCCUGAACAGAAGCAGGCUUCAUCCAGGUCUAGAAGUGAACCUCCUAGAGAGAGAAAGAAGACCCCAGGGCUUUCCGAGCAGAAUGGCAAAGGAGCCCUGAAGAGCGAGCGGAAACGCGUGCCAAAGACCUCAGCGCAGCCCGUGGAGGGGGCCGUCGAAGAACGGGAGCGCAAAGAAAGGCGGGAAAGCCGAAGGCUUGAGAAAGGGCGAUCACAGGAUUACCCAGACACGCCGGAAAAACGGGACGAGGGCAAAGCGGCGGAUGAGGAAAAGCAAAGAAAAGAGGAGGACUAUCAGACCAGGUACCGCAGCGACCCGAACCUGGCUCGGUACCCGGUGAAACCGCCGCCUGAGGAGCAGCAGAUGCGCAUGCACGCCCGGGUGUCCCGCGCCAGGCACGAGCGGCGCCACAGCGACGUGGCGCUCCCGCGCACCGAGUCGGGCGCGGCGCUGCCGGAGGGCAAGGCCGGCAAACGCGCGCCGGCGGCGGCCAGGGCCUCGCCGCCGGACUCGCCGCGGGCUUACUCGGCUGAGAGGACUGCUGAGACCAGGGCGCCGGGCGCCAAGCAGCUAACGAACCACAGCCCGCUGGCGCCCAGACAUGGGCCGGUUCCCGCUGAAGCCCCGGAGCUCAAAGCCCAGGAGCCCCUCAGGAAGCAGAGCCGCCUGGACCCCAGCUCGGCGGUCCUCAUGCGGAAGGCCAAGCGCGAGAAGGUGGAGACCAUGCUGCGGAACGACUCUCUGAGCUCAGACCAGUCGGAGUCGGUGCGGCCGUCCCCGCCCAAGCCUCACCGGUCCAAGAGGGGCGGCAAGAAGCGGCAGAUGUCGGUGAGCAGCUCUGAGGAGGAGGGCGUGUCGACGCCCGAGUACACCAGCUGCGAGGACGUGGAGCUGGAGAGCGAGAGCGUUAGCGAGAAAGGUGAUUUGGAUUAUUACUGGUUGGAUCCUGCCACGUGGCACAGCCGGGAGACAUCACCUAUUAGUUCGCAUCCUGUAACGUGGCAACCAUCUAAAGAGGGGGACCGAUUAAUUGGACGUGUUAUUCUUAACAAGAGAACAACCAUGCCCAAAGAAUCAGGUGCAUUGCUGGGUCUGAAAGUUGUUGGAGGAAAAAUGACUGACUUAGGACGACUUGGUGCUUUCAUCACCAAAGUAAAGAAGGGUAGCCUAGCAGAUGUAGUUGGACACCUAAGAGCAGGGGAUGAAGUUCUAGAAUGGAAUGGUAAACCCCUGCCGGGAGCUACAAAUGAAGAAGUUUACAACAUUAUUUUAGAAUCAAAAUCAGAACCUCAAGUUGAAAUUAUUGUUUCAAGGCCUAUUGGUGACAUUCCCCGGAUUCCUGAGAGCUCUCACCCUCCGCUGGAGUCCAGUUCAAGUUCCUUUGAAUCUCAGAAGAUGGAAAGGCCUUCCAUUUCUGUUAUUUCUCCAACAAGUCCUGGAGCUCUAAAAGAUGCCCCACAAGUCUUACCAGGGCAACUUUCUGUGAAGUUGUGGUAUGAUAAAGUGGGGCACCAGCUGAUUGUAAAUGUCCUGCAAGCAACAGAUCUACCUGCUAGAGUAGAUGGGCGUCCUCGAAAUCCCUAUGUAAAAAUGUAUUUUCUUCCAGAUAGAAGUGAUAAAAGUAAAAGGAGGACAAAAACAGUAAAGAAAAUACUAGAACCAAAAUGGAAUCAAACUUUUGUCUAUUCGCAUGUACAUCGUAGAGAUUUUAGAGAACGAAUGUUAGAAAUAACUGUGUGGGACCAACCAAGAGUUCAAGAAGAAGAAAGUGAAUUUCUUGGAGAGAUCCUCAUAGAAUUGGAGACAGCGCUUUUAGAUGAUGAACCGCAUUGGUAUAAACUUCAGACACAUGAUGAGUCUUCACUACCUCUGCCUCAGCCAUCACCUUUCAUGCCAAGGCGACAUAUUCAUGGAGAAAGCUCUAGCAAAAAGCUACAAAGAUCUCAGCGAAUCAGUGAUAGUGACAUCUCAGAUUAUGAGGUUGAUGAUGGUAUUGGCGUAGUUCCUCCAGUAGGCUAUAGGUCUAGUGCUAGAGAAAGUAAAUCUACAACAUUAACUGUGCCAGAACAGCAAAGAACAACUCAUCACCGCUCACGUUCAGUAUCUCCUCAUCGCGGCAAUGAUCAGGGAAAGCCGCGUUCACGUUUACCAAAUGUGCCAUUACAGAGGAGUUUAGAUGAAAUUCAUCCAACAAGAAGGUCACGUUCUCCAACCAGACACCAUGAUGCCUCCCGAAGUCCAGUUGAACAUAGAGCCAGAGAUGUGGAUAGUCAGUAUUUAUCAGAACAAGACAGUGAGCUUCUUAUGCUGCCCAGAGCAAAACGAGGACGAAGUGCAGAAUGCCUACAUACUACCAGUGAACUGCAGCCCUUUCUUGACAGGGCUAGGAGUGCUAGUACCAACUGCUUGAGACCAGAUACUAGUUUGCAUUCACCAGAACGAGAAAGGGGUAGAUGGUCCCCCUCCCUAGAUAGGAGACGACCUCCUAGUCCCAGGAUUCAAAUCCAGCAUGCGUCUCCGGAGAAUGACAGGCACUCCAGAAAGUCUGAAAGAUCUAGCAUCCAAAAACAGACUAGGAAAGGCACUGCCUCUGAUGCAGAAAGAAUGCACCGACAGAGAAGUCCAACACAAUCUCCUCCAGCAGACACAUCGUUCAGCAGUCGCAGGGGAAGACAGCUCCCACAAGUGCCAGUGAGAAGCAGCAGUAUAGAACAAGAACAAGAAAAAUAUAACUCUUCCACAAAAGCAAGCUUAGUAGUGGAGGAGCGAACAAGACAGAUGAAAAUGAAAGUGCAUCGAUUUAAGCAGACAACAGGGUCUGGUUCUAGUCAAGAACUUGAUCGCGAGCAAUAUUCCAAGUAUAGCAUACAUAAAGAUCAGUACAGAAGCUGUGAUAACGUCUCUGCCAAAUCAUCAGAUAGUGAUGUCAGUGAUGUUUCCGCCAUUUCCCGAACCAGCAGUGCCUCACGCCUCAGCAGCACAAGCUUUAUGUCAGAGCAAUCUGAGCGCCCCAGGGGUAGAAUCAGUUCAUUUACCCCCAAAAUGCAAGGCAGACGGAUGGGGACUUCAGGAAGAGCCAUUAUGAAGAGCACCAGUGUGAGCGGAGAGAUGUACACACUGGAGCAUAAUGACGGCAGCCAGUCAGACACAGCCGUGGGUACAGUUGGAGCAGGUGGAAAGAAACGGAGAUCCAGCCUUAGUGCCAAAGUGGUUGCCAUAGUGUCUCGAAGGAGUAGAAGCACAUCCCAGCUUAGUCAAACAGAGUCGGGCCACAAAAAGUUAAAAAGUACCAUCCAGAGAAGCACAGAAACAGGCAUGGCAGCUGAAAUGAGAAAGAUGGUAAGGCAGCCGAGCCGAGAGUCUACUGAUGGCAGCAUCAACAGUUACAGCUCUGAGGGCAAUUUAAUAUUUCCUGGAGUGCGACUGGGAGCUGACAGUCAAUUCAGUGAUUUUCUUGAUGGAUUGGGACCAGCCCAGCUUGUUGGCCGCCAAACCCUUGCCACCCCUGCAAUGGGUGAUAUACAAAUUGGAAUGGAGGACAAAAAGGGCCAAUUAGAAGUAGAAGUCAUUAGAGCACGAAGCCUCACACAAAAGCCUGGUUCCAAAUCUACACCUGCUCCAUAUGUCAAAGUAUAUCUUUUGGAAAAUGGGGCCUGUAUAGCCAAGAAGAAGACAAGAAUUGCACGAAAAACCCUUGAUCCUUUGUAUCAGCAGUCUCUGGUUUUUGAUGAAAGUCCACAGGGUAAAGUUCUUCAGGUGAUUGUCUGGGGAGACUAUGGCAGAAUGGACCACAAAUGCUUUAUGGGUGUGGCUCAGAUCUUGUUGGAAGAACUCGACCUGUCCAGCAUGGUGAUCGGAUGGUACAAAUUGUUCCCACCGUCCUCACUGGUGGAUCCCACACUCACUCCCCUCACCCGCCGGGCUUCCCAGUCAUCUCUGGAAAGUUCAACUGGGCCUCCCUGUAUUCGAUCAUAGUGAACUCAUACCAGAGUCAUUCCAAUAAAACUCUACUUUUCAGGAUAAUAAUCUGAACCAGAUAUUUCAUGAUCAAAAGCAUUGUUGGAGACAGACAAUCAACUUGUGUUUUGCCUGUAGUAGUUUUUCAAUAUGUCCCAAUUGUUAUUUAAAACAUGGCUUCAUAUGACAGAACAAGGCAAUCUAUCAAAUUUACAGGAAGAAUCAACAUGCUGGUGAGAGUCACUGAUGCUUCUAACAAAUAGAAAAAGACGAAACUUUAAAUCCACGCAUACACAUACACACAUGCACACACACACACACACACACACCAAAUUGAACAAACUGGAAACUCUCACUCUGUGAAAAGUUGUAUUCUACACGUUUCUGCACAGACCACAAGCAGUGUUAUUUCCCUGAUGUUUGAAUUGUUUUGUUCUUUUGUGUGUUUUGUUUAUUUGUGUGUUGUUUGUUAGUUUUUGUUUCUUGAGUUUUUGUUUUGUUUUCACCACAUCUGUUAUUUCCACUAGUUUUUUUUUGGCUGUGUCAUGACAGGCCUCAUGAUGCUAACAGAGAUUCUUCCCUUCUUUUUUCCAAAAGCACCAAAAAAAAGGGCUGAAGUGGUCUCUGUAGCAUCUCCCCAAAGUGUUAAACAGCUACAUAAGGUGAAGCCAAGGAAGGGUUUCACUAGCUUUCAUUUUAUAAUUAUUUAAAGUCUUAUGUGUGGAAACCCAAGAGACAAAAAGUUAUCUUCCAAAAUAAAUAAUCACAGAAGUACUUUUUUAAUGAAGAGCCUAUCUGUUUGCAUUCUAGAAAAUUAAUUUAUGGUUUCCAUUGUUUUGCAUGGAAGACUUUUAAAGAAGUCAAUCUGCAACUAAUGCUGGGGACUAAAACUAACUGCAUAAUUGUUCUUUGAAAACACUCCUUGUAAUGCCUUUUUCUUCCUGAUAUAAAAAAAAUGCUCAUGUGUAUAAACCAUACUUUGACUUCCCAAAAAUGGUGACUAGGAAUGGAUUUGAGCCUAAGACACUUUGAGCUAUGCCCAGGCUUCUCAGCCAUGCCUCAGUGUAGACACACCCAUCUGCCCUGGAAAGAGCAUGGCAUGAGCUGUUCAAUAUUCCACUGGAAAUUCCAGUUGAAAUAUUCUGCACUAAACUAUUGUUUUUAUUGUAUUUUAGUUUACAUUUCUUUGAGACUGAUGCAAGCACAAAGCUUGAUUUUUUAAUGCAAAGUAUCUUACUUUUUUGGGGGAAAAUAAACAAAAUCAACUUUCAAUUUGCAUUUUCAUUUAGUUUCUCUUGGCCUUGAAUUUCCCUUGUGACAUUCUGUACAUGUGCUACAAACUGCAGUCUCUGCAGGUGCAUUGAUAUGUUCUCCCUCCUUUUAUGAGUCACUCCACUUUUGUGAUUACACAAAUAGAGCAGCAUGACUUGGAACUGUUCAAAGCUGCAUGCACAUUUUGUAAAAAAAAAUUUUAAAAAGAAAAGAAACAAAAGGUUAUUUAAUAAUGUAUGUUAGUUCCACAUAGGCCAGCUUGUAUGUUGCAUGUACUUGUACAGUUUGCUUGUUAAUUACUAUACCGAAAUAACCAAGAAAUCUAAGCCAUCCAUUUUUGUUAUAGACAUUUUGCAGAUUUUAGCCAGACUCAGUCUCUGGGUCUGUGGUGAAAUGUCUAUAGAUGGACUUUAUUUUUUACCCUCUGGAAAACGUGAUGUAGUACGGACCAAAUUCCUUCUAAUAAAUAUUUUGGUGUAGAUUCCUACUGUGGGGCUGUAACACAUGUAGACACUGUGUACACACUAGGUUUUAAUUCAUAGACAUACUGCCUGCACCAAGUGAAUUAUUUAUUAUUAUUUACACAUGCCAGAAUUAUCUGCCCAUCAUUCCACAGGGCACAGAUUGACCACUGCUCACCAUGCUGAGCAGGAGGAACUGAAGCAUUGGUGCACUUCUACUAGAUUCCGUUCUGUCUUAGUGGCCAACAAUCAACUGAUUAUAAUUGGGUAGUAUCUUUCUAUUUUGACCACUUGUCUUAACACUCCCCUGUGCUUUUAAAUGAAAUUCCAACUCAUGUAUGUAAACAUGUUUAAUAAAAUUUACUUUUCCUGUCAGUCAGUAGCCAUCUGUGUUCUAUGUCUUGCCAGAUUUCCAUUGUGGGUUCUAUGGUGCAGAAUGGGAGCCAGGCCAUGGGAAGGGGAGGCUGGGGUUUGUUGUCUGCUGCGGGCAUUUGACUUGACUUGUCACUGCAUUAUAUUAUUGUCUUAAUCGAUGGCCCAAAGGGUACUUUGCAUCACAUACAAGUUUUCACUUCGUCAGCCUGUCUAAGUGAGCACAUGACUAUACUUCUGAAAAGUGGCAUUAUUAAAAAUAAUAAAUCUCAGUAAGAAUCAAA